AUGCCUCCCAUCUCCUCCCUCGGGGGUGUCCUUGACAGCCCAGCCCCCAGCGGCAACGGCUCCACCACCGUCAAGAACUCCUCCCUCCCUGACGUUUCCCUUGGCUCCCUCGGCUCCAGCUUCCACUCCGAGGGCGACGACUUCGAUGACGGAACGCCAAGGCAACCCCGUAGGCUACCAUAG